AUGGAAACUAUUUCUAGGAUAUCCUCGAUGCUGGAAACAGCUCGAGAGCUUACUCUGGAGGCCGCCCAGUCCGCUGCGAGCAAUCGCAGCUCGAAACCGGAUUACGGAUCACGUACAUACAGUGUUGCUCAUAUAAAGAAGCUCCUGGACAGCCGCCACGAGCGAGAUGUGCUCGAUGGCAUGCGACGGGUUAUUUCGUUAAUGUACCGCUCCGAGUCUUCCCUCCCCUUAUUCUCCGCUGUGGUCAAGAAUGUUGCCAGCGCCAAUCUCGAAGUCAAGAAACUCGUCUACCUUUAUCUUGUUCACCACGCGGAGGCGGAGCCGGACCUAGCACUGCUCUCUAUUAACACGAUCCAGAAAUCGUUGACAGAUCAGAACCCCCAAGUGCGAUCAAUAGCAUUGCGGACCAUGUCUGGGAUCCGGGUCCCGGUAAUUAGUCAAAUCGUGUCACUUGCCAUCAAACGAGGAUGCGGAGAUAUGAGUCCACAUGUGCGCAAGGCUGCUGCUCUAGCCAUUCCGAAGUGCUACCGCCUUGAUCCUAGUACAUUGCCACAGUUGACAGGGUAUAUCUCGAUACUGCUUGGCGACUCGCAAUACUUCGUCGUCGGUCCGGCUGUUGCCGCCUUCUUGGAAGUUUGCCCAGAAGAGAUCGAGUUGAUCCACAAGCACUAUCGCAGCUUGGUCAAAAAAUUGGUAGACAUGGAUGAGUGGGGUCAGUUGGCGACGUUACGCCUUUUGACUUUCUAUGCACGCAAAUGCUUCCCUCGUCGGACCCAGAAAGUCAGACAAGCAACUACCAAGGGCUUCUACGAUGAUGAAGAGCAGAGCCCAAAAGAGAACGACAGCGAGGAUGAGCAUGAAAUAGAGGUUCUAGACCCCGACCUUGAGCUUCUUUUGAAGUCAUGCAAGUUAUUGUUACAAAAUCGCAACUCGGCCGUGAUUGUCAGCGUCGUGCGCUGUUUCUUCUAUCUGGCGCCCUCGGAGUAUCUUACCUCGGCUAUUGGUCCUCUGGUAGCGCUUCUGAGAAGUCCCCAAGAUAUGCAGCUUAUUGCACUAUAUAAUAUUGUGAAGGUUGCUUUGCGAAACCCGAAGCCGUUCACCAAGUAUAUCGCUCACUUUCUUAUUCAUGCCAACGACCCAUCGCAUAUCUGGCGCCUAAAACUGGAGGUAAUGACUAUGCUAUUUCCGUACUGUGGGAAGCAUUGGAAGGGUGUUAUUAUCAGUGAGCUUGAGCAUUUUUCAAAAGGCACUGACUCGGACUUGGUUCGAGAGAGCGUACGGGCCAUUGGUCGUUGUGCACAAGGAGACGCUUCCACUGCGAACAUGUGUCUUCAAAUCCUGCUCGAUCAAAUCUCUAGUCUUGAUGGAAAUCUUGUCUCCGAAUCUCUGACCGUUAUCCGACAUUUGAUCCAGCAAGAUCCAUCUUCACAUAACCAGACCGUUAUUCAACUUGUCACGCAUCUUGGAACAACUACCAACCCUGAUGCUCGUGCAAGUAUCAUAUGGCUAGUGGGAGAGUUUUCAGGCAUGGAACCGGAGCAUAACAUUGCGCCUGAUGUUCUCCGUAUUCUUAUUAAAGGAUUCGCCGAUGAGACGGAGGUGGUCAAACAACAGGUUGUUCUUCUAGGUGCCAAGGUGUACCUCCACCAUCUCCUACGCAACCCCCCAAAGGAAACAUCAGAGUCAGCUUCCCAGGCUCUUGACCGCUCCGCCAUUGCGCAAGAAAUCCGCAAUGAGUGGACUGAGGAUAAGGAGGGAGAAAAAGAAGCAGAGGAAACCCCACUACCCAAAACUCAGGCUGAGCAAAAGCAGCCCGAGGAAGAAGAUGAAGACCGCAUUACUCUUCUCUGGCGCUACAUCCUGCUCCUUGCGCGCUACGAUACGUCGUACGACCUUCGCGACCGCGCCCGUCUCUACAAAGCUCUUCUAGACAGCCCUUCGUCCACCCAGCUUGCCAACUUACUCCUUCUAGCUCCCAAGCCUGUUCCUCACGCUCCAAGUCCCUCAGAAACGCGAAAAGACCUGCUCGUUGGAACCGCCACUCUCGUUGUUGGCCCAGAGGCCGGCUAUCAUGGUCUUCGUGGGUACACUGACGUUCCAGACUGGGUUGAGCUCGGGCAAGAGCCAAGUCCCAGCCUUCGAACUGAAGACGUUAAGCCUGAAACAUCUACCACCCUCGAAAGCUCAAUGACAGCUGGCGAGCGGCUUGACAAGGCUCUGCGCCAGCACCAGAGCACUGCCCCGCCGCAGAGGUACAACGGCGCUCCCGUGGCUAGCGCAGCUGGUAAGAAGACCCUCGACCAGUGGCUCGAAGAAGAAGACGAAGACUCAAGCGAGUAUGAAACCGACUCAGCGGCCGAGUCCGAUUCAGAAGAGGAGACAGACUCCGAAGAAGGCUCGGAGGAAGACGACUCGGAGGAUGAAACUGACUCGGAAACUGAGGCUGUUAACAAGGAGGCCCAGCAGCUACUUUAG